UAAAAAAAAAAUAAUAUUUUAUCAGAUCAACAAAUGUUUUAACUUCAAAAUUAUUAAUUUUAACCAUUGUAAAUGUUUUGUUCCAACAGAUCCAUAUUAUUAUUUUUUACCAUUCUUUUUACAUUGGGUUGACAUCAGCGUCUUUCAACGAAUUAGUGAACUCGAUGGAUUUAAAAAGAUAUAUAUGAAAUAUUCAUUAACUGCCCCCUCAAAUGAGCUACGGUAUAUUAGCAUUGAUCCUAUAUAUUGGCAUAAGAGACCGAAAUUCUGUAGAUUGAAUAUAAAUAUUACAAGUGCGUGUGCUCUCCACAAUUUAAGAAGUUUUUAUUUCAACAAUGUUGAAGACUAUAACCCCGAGGCGAAAGUAAAACAAGUCGAGAAGAAUCGUACCCAGUGUACACAUAAUAUACCAGCUACACCAAAAGAUAUGAAGAAGCCAAAACUGGAUAUAAAAGAUAUAGUGACGUUUGACAAAGGUACUCAUUUUGAAUAUUUUUGAAUAUUUAAGAAUUAUUGAUUUAAAAUCUUACAAUCUAGUAGGUAGGUAUAUAUAUUGUGAUAAAGUUAGUGUUGAAUUGAUGUAUUAAAAAUGUAUUAAUUAAUCCAUUUUUUAUCAUUUAUUUGCUAGUUUUAACCUCGGGCUAAGAUAUAAUGGUUUGGUGUUGACAUGGUGAGUGGUUGAUGGGAGAGAGGGGAGACAAAUUAAUAGAAAUUUUUAAAACUCUAUUUAACCAAACCUGAUAAUAUAUUGUAAUUAAUUGGAAUAAUUUUUAUCAAAAACAAUAUUUUUCAAAAUGAGAUACCCGUUCCUAUAAGAAAUAUUAUAUUUUUUUUGUAUAUUAUGUAUGUAUAAUAUAUAGGUAGAUAUUAUUUUUUAAUAUACUUAAUAAGUAUUAAUAUUAUUAUGACAAUUUGAUAAUCUGUGGGUAAAUAUACAAGAAGUUACAUCUCGUAUGCGCAUCAAAAAAAAAAAAAAAAAACACUUAAUUCGGUGACUCUCGCUGAUAAUCAGCAACUAUUUUUAGUAUUAAUUUAAUACGCUAUGGCUCCAUCCAUAGUAUCCAAGGACUAAGAUAUAAUAGACUGGAAACGACGUGGUCGAGAGAUGGUCACCAAAAGGUUCCUCUUUCGCACUGAAUGUUUUCCCUAUUUAGUCCCUAAUUUAUACAGAUGUCGUAAACUAUCAGUGCCUAUUUCGACCCCCCUACCACCCCACUGUUCUCUUGUACAUACAUUCAUAGCAUCUGAUAGGAUGCUCGUUUCCGAUCCAGUAUAUCAUCCAUAUUAUACAGUGGAUAGGACAUUUUAUAUCAAUAAGUAAUAACAUAUAGGGGGUAGCGUUCCCGAAUAAGGAAGAGUGAUGGC